GGCAUCGGGCCCCCAGGCGGAGCGGCAGGCGCCGGACCCCCAGGCGGAGCGACAGGUCUCGGGCCCCCAGGCGGAGCGGCGGGCGCCGGACCCCCAGGCGGAGCGACAGGUCUCGGGCCCCCAGGCGGAGCGGCGGGCGCCGGACCCCCAGCGGAGCGACAGGUCUCGGGCCCCCAGGCGGAGCGGCGGGGCGCCGGACCCCCAGGCGGAGCGACAGGCCUCAGGCCCCCAGGCGGAGCGACAGGUCUCAGGCCCCCAGGUGGAGCGACAGGCGGAGCGGCGGGCGCCGGACCCCCAGGCGGAGCGACAGGUCUUGGGCCCCCAGGCGGAGCGGCGGGCACCGAGUCACCAGGCAUGACAGUGGGCUCUGAGUCAACUGGCCAGACUGCGGGCACCGAGUCAACUGGCAAGACUGCGGGCACCGAGCCAACUGGCGGAACAGCGGGCUUCGAGUCGUCUGGCAAG